CUCUGGCCUGAGGGGAGUGAGAGUAGAGCAGCGCGAGCUCACAUUCAGAGCGCUCGAGCGCCUUUACUUUCUGCUGCUGCCGAUAAAUCGAAAUGAUCAGACUAAUUUACUCAGAAAACACAAAGAAAACAUUCACACCUCCAAAAUCUGUGUCGGAAUAGCAAUUUCAGGCGUUUUUCUUCUCUUCGUUCUCUUCCUGGAAUGUGGGAGAUGGAUAGAUGAAAAAGUUUCGCUGCUUUGGUGUCUGAGGGAGUUUUGAUACGGGCGAUGAGUCCUGUGAAGAGAUUUUAUACACCAGACUGGAAAAACACUCAUUUAUCGCCUUCACCAAGACAAAUAAUAUCCUAUUAAACUCACCAGUGAAGAUAUGACUAUAGCAGCUGAUCUCUCUCUAUAGCACACAUUAAUGCUGGAGGUAUGAUGUUGGGGUUUGUGCUGAUGAGUAAAGCAGAAUCAUUGAUGGCUGGCUGCAGGGGUCCAAUGGUGUGUUGACGGCGCCAUGGGGAGCUGUUUAAGCUGUCCCGAGAAAGACAUCGACCCCAACCAUCACAACAAGUUCAAGGUGAUAAACGUGGAUGAUGAUGGCAAUGAACUGGGCUCAGGAGUGAUGGAGUUAACUGAGGAAGACCUCAUUCUCCAUACACGCAAGCGAGAUGCCGUCAAGUGGCCUUACCUCUGUCUGCGUCGCUAUGGUUACGACUCCAACCUCUUCUCGUUUGAGAGUGGCCGGCGCUGUCAGACCGGUCAAGGGAUAUUUGCAUUUAAGUGCGCACGGGCCGAGGAGAUCUUCAACAUGCUGCAGGACAUCAUGCACAACAACAGCAUCAGUGUUGUAGAGGAACCUGUGCUGGAACCAGAACCUCCAGUCACACCCCACACUCCCACCACUUUGGGUUACUCCGUCCCAACGGUAGCUAAUGGAAUUGGGCGGUACCCGUCAUUUGGCGACGCCUCCUCGAGACCUUCCAGCCGACACCCAUCAGUGGGCAGUGCUAGGUUACCAUCUGUAGGGGAGGAGUCGACGCAUCCACUGCUGCUCAAUGACGAGACGGUGCACACUUAUGUCAACACGACGGGUCUCCAAGAGGAGCGGUGCAGUUUUAGUAGUGGCCACGCCCCUCUAGAGCACCGACCCUCGAAUUCAGAAGACCCGGUUCCAGUUUCUCCUAAUGAGGUUGAGCCACAGGUAGUUUUGGAGCCGGAGGGUGCCAAGUUUGUUUUAGGCCCCACUCCUGUCCAGCGGCAAUUGCUGCUAAAAGAGGAAAGACAGGAUUUAGGAGCAACCGGCUCCAACGGCUCUCCUGUAAAGACUGUGAACGGUUGCACAGGACUCGCCACGGACUGCGAUACCGGUUACGACAGUGACGAUCGCAAGGAGACGUCCCACAAACAGCACAACGAUGCUUCCCCUCACUUUUCCUCCGGUGCGAAACGCAUAAGGCCUCCGAUGCCUCUUCCUGACGCCCAUAACGCCAAUAACUCUGCUCAGAGGCGGACUGCGCUGCUCUACUACGAGAACCUGCCGCCCGUGUGGGAGGCUCGUAAGCAUUACAGCGUGCCGCAGGACCAGGAGGACCUCAAAUCGCCCUCUCUUAACGGAUUUCAUCCCUCACAUUCCUUAGAUCCUCAGCACAACUACGUUAACACGGAAAACGUCACGAUGCCCCUCAGCGCGCACAAGCUGCGGGACUCCGCCACCGUUUUUAACUUUGACUUUCGGAGGCUCGGGGCGGGCGACCCGCUCCGGCAGCUCAACUACAUCGAGGUGGAGAUGGACAAAGUGUCGGACUCCAGCGGACCUCAUACCCCGAAAACUCCCACCACGCCCUUACCGGCCACACCCACGCGCCGGACAGAACUGUACGCCGUUAUAGACAUCGAGCGCACGGCCGCCAUGUCCAACCUUCAGAAAGCACAGCCACGAGAUGACGGUACGUCCAGGAAAACACGACACAACAGCACAGAUCUGCCUAUGUGAUCUCAUCAUGAAUAAUUUUGCUCUUGCGUUCAAAAUGGUUCACAAGAAACAUGUCCUGGGCACAUUUCACCCCCAAAAUGAGUAACGAAUACCAGUUGCAUAAAUUAAGCCCUUAUAUUCCAAUUACAGUAAUGAAUAAACAAUUCUUAUUUUUUAUUAAACAGAAUCAUAAUGCUUAAAUCCCUUAACGUGUGUAUAGUUCAGACAAAAUGUAAUGGAUUCUUUGGGUUGAUUUUGGGGUGUGAUAUGACCCAGACAUCGGUUUCACACGCGUAUUUGUUCAAAGUAUGUGUACUGUUUUAGUUUCAUACUCUAAAACACAAUAUUUCUGAGGUUUAUAGAUAUUGUGGUGGAGAAACACAGGUCCUGUAAUGAGUAAAACCAACAUUUGUUUUAAUGAGGUAACAGCAGGUACUGAUCAGGAACAGUUUUCCAGACCUCAUUCAUAAAUGCUGCCAUGUUUUUCUCUCUUUUUGCAAAAUCAAAGUCUCUUUUCAAUGUAAUUCACUCAUUUUGCACUUGAGAGCAAUAAAUGAUGCUCACUGCGGUAUUUUAGAUUCACACGGUACACUACAGUCACUUUAAAAUCUUACUCUCAAAGCAGGUGUUUGUGUUGUGUUUAUUUACACUACAGCCUUGUCAUGAUAGUCUUUAUAUGUGAAAUAAUCUUCUAGUUGCUAAGAAACCCCAGUACAAAAGGGCUUCUUCUAGUCAUUCCUAUACAUGAUACCAUACUAGAGAUGCACUAUGUACUACAUCUACAUUGCCCAACAUAAGUGCUUCUUGGUCUCAUUGGACGCAGAGAAAAACUAUGGCUUUAAAAGCAAAGAAAUAAGUCAAAACAUUCAUGAUGAAGUUUUGUGAUAUCUGAUUUGACAUGAAAAGCACAGUAAAUUCUAGACUUUUAUAGUGAAUGCAUUUUAAACAUUACAGACUUAUCUGUGAUAUGAUAUUAACACCAUUAAUAUCUGUUAUUAUCAGUCAUUAUAAAAACAACAAUCUGUUUUCCACAUUGGCCAAAGGCAUCCCUAUAAAAUCUUUAAGGUAUUUCAAAGGUUUGAGUAUUGAUUUGAGGGUCCAUUUUGGGUGUGAUGGGUAUUUCACUAAGACAGCAGUGUUGUAGAGCGCUAUGGAGGACUACAAGAGUCAUGCAAAAUGUAAUAAAGAACUUGAAUAUUUAAUAACUACCUGGACAAUAAAAUAGCAAUUAAUAGAUUUG